AUGUUACAGCCCGAUUCCUGUGCGUGUGGGAUGAACAAUUUAGAAUUGUUUCAAGUCCCUCCGACUAAUAUUGCUUUAGAAGACUCGAAAUGGGAAGAAUAUUACCCCAUUUCCAGUACUUUAGAUUCCGACACCGCUCCCAUCGAAUUUGAAAUCAAAGGACAAGGAGAUCACUAUCUGGAUUUAUCUCAAACUUAUGUUCAAAUGGUAUGUAAAUUUACCAAAGACGAUGGAAGUAAUCUGACUGGGGCAAACAGCACUUCCAGUCCCGUGAAUAAUAUCUUACAUUCCAUGUUUACGGAAAUCGAUGUCAGUCUGAAUGGAAAAAUAGUGACUCCGGGGACAGAUACCUAUCCUUACAAAGCUUAUCUGGAGAAAUUAUUGUCUUACCGACCCAGAACUUUAAAGACACAGACGAGGGCCUGUAGUCUGUGGGAAAAAGAUACAGCAGGACACAUGGACGAAGUGGGGUUAGACGACCUUGGUGUAGCUGCAAAUAAAACCUUUAAUGUAACCCCGGGUGCAAAUGGUGCGGCUGACACGGUGACCAUUAACCAACCCAUCCUCACAGCGUUACCGGCCAAUUCUAAAAACGAAGGAUUCCGAAAAAGACACCAAGCUAUUGCUGACAGUAAGAAAAUCAGUUUGCUGGAUACUUUACAUUUGGAUUUGUUUCAACAAGAUCGAUUUCUACCUAAUGGAGUGGACGUCCGUUUGCGAUUUAAUCGAGCUAGACCUUCUUUCUACAUGAUGAUCAAAGGAGGAAGCACAGGAAAAGUGAAAAUAUUGAGUAUGAUCUUGUGGGUGAGAAAAGUCAAACCCACAGCAGUCAUGAUGAAUACCAUUAAUCAGAGUUUGAAUACCCACAGAGCCAAAUAUCCCUUGAGAAGAGUGGAAGUGAAAACCUUUACCAUUCCCAUAGGGACCCAGUCUAAGAUAACGGAUCAUCUGUUUCAAGGUCAGAUGCCUAAACGUCUCAUUUUAGGCUUUGUGGAGAAUGCGGCCUUUAACGGAGAUAAAACUAAAAAUCCCUUUCAUUUCCAAAACUUUGGGAUCAAGAAAUUAGAUGUCAGUAUCAACGGAGAGACCAUGAGUACUCGUUGUUUUGAGCCUAAUUUCAACGACGAUUUAUAUCUGAGAUCCUAUCUCAGUCUGUAUCAAGCUCUGGGGAAAUUAGGAGAAGAUUGGGCUCCGGACAUUACCCUAGAAGAGUAUAAAAGCGGCUACACUCUAUGGGGCUGGGAUUUCACUAAAGAUCAAGAAGCGCAAUCGGAUAAAUUCCACAUCAUAGAAACAGGAAAUCUGAGAGUAGAAGUGCAGUUUACCAACAAUACGGUUAACACCAUCAAUUGUGUGGUGUAUGCAGAAUUCACAUCAAUCGGAUUAGAAAUUAACAAACAGAGAGAAGUGAGCAUUGAUUAUAAAAAAGAAACAGGACAAUCUGAGAGUAUCCAGAGAAUUCAAGUUUCCAACAAUACGGAUUUAUUACGGACAAUCAAUUGUGUGGUGUAG